CCCCUCAGGGGUUGGUGAUUAAAGAACAGGCCAAUCAGUUCAUGUCAGAGACAGUCCCUGUUCCUAUUACUAUGGAACCCGCUUAGACACUGAACUGCCAUGGGCUACAUCUGUGCAGGGGUCCUAGGUUAUCUCCAUGCAUAGUCCUUGGUUGGAGUAUCAGUCUCAGGAAAGACCUCUGUGCUCAGAGUUUUUGGUUCUGUUGCUCUCCUUGUGGAGUUCCUGUCUUCUCCAGAUCUUAGUGUUUCCCACUUCUUUCCUAAGAUUGCCUGCACUCUGCCCAAAGAUUGCCCAUAAGUCUCAGCAUCUGCUUUGAUAGUCUGCAGGGCAGAGCCUUUCAGAGGUCCUCUGUGUCAGGCUCCUGACUUGUUCCCUCUUUUCUCCUUCUUCUGAUGUCCAUCCUCUUUGCCUCUCUGGAUAGGGAUUGAUUGAGCAUUUUAGCAAGAGUCCUCCCUCUGGAUUAGUUUCUUUAGGUGUACAGAUUUUAGUAGGUUUAUCCUAUAUUAUAUGUCUAUAUGAGUGAGUAUAUACCGUGUACGUCUUUCUGCUUCUGGGAUAGCUCACUCAGGAUGUUCUUUUCCAGAUCCCACCAUUUACCUGCAAAUUUCAUGGGUUAAUAUCUGUUUCAAGCAUGUUCGCGACACAUUUUUUGUCCUGUAUUCUGCACUGCUUCUCUGCAAACAGGUCAACCAACAAGUGUGCUGUUGUGAGCAUUCCCUGUGGUUCCUGGUGUAAGUAUAGGUACAGGCACAGGCACAAGUGGUGUAUGGUGGAAAGUAAGCAGUGCUGGACUUGGAGGAGCUUGCGGCUGCACUGAGAAGCUCUAUUCUCCCCCACUCCCAUCCUCUACCCCUGCCAUGCCAUGUUGUCUGGACUAGCCCAAACAUGGCCAUCAGGCUGCUGAAACAUCAGCAUCAGACAUCAGCCUCCCCUAGAGGUGGUUGUAGUUGUAGGUACUUUGUGUCUGAAGUACCCCUGUUUCUUUUAUGUUUAUGCUGGUCUGUAGGCUGGAUGGCCUGUGGGUGUCUUAACUUUCAUUUCUGAGCUAACCUGCCGGUAGCAGUAGCGUUCUUCAGGAGCCUCUCCUGCUCUCACUGUGAUCCCUCAGGGAAUAUUGUUUCUGUGUUUAUUAAUGUUGUUGUUAACUCUUUCUGCAUUCUGUAGUGUUUGCUUUACGUGUAUUUUUAUUUGGUCUGUGUUGCAUUCUCAUUGGACCGUGUUUUUCUGUUUUCCUUUCUCUUCAGGUGUGCACCCCUGUCUGAGAAGGGUGUAGUUGGCCUUCUGUCAAGUGAAGCUCCUCCCUCUGUGGAGUCACUGCUUGAUAGCAUGGCUGUCCUUUGUGUAUAUGGCUUCCAUGCUUCCUGAUCUGUAAUCUCUUGUCAUUCAGCAUUUCUCUCUCUAAUUUACUCUGAAGAGUAAUGUGUUUCAGGAAUUGAGGAACAUUUUAGAAUUUUUUUCUGUCCUGUGCAUAUUACUUAAAACAAGGACAGCCUUGCAUUACCUCACGUCAUGCAUAAAGUCAGGAAGUUUACUGUGACCCAAGACUGUUCUACGUAGUUUACAUGUAUUCAGGUUUUGCCGAUUGUCUGGUCAGAAUGGCUUAUAGGUCCUGCCUACCAUUCAUGUCUUAUUUUCUGCCAUCUUCUCCAACUUGGAACAGCCUUCGCUGUCUUUCUGCUGCUUUGUGACAACAGUAUAGAAGGAGACAGGGUUGCCAUUUAAAAAAAGUUCCUCCCCUUGCCUUUGUUCCUUUCCUCCUGAUUUGGUUCAGGUGGUAUCUGGGGGGGCUGCAGAGGUGUGACCUAGUGUCUCAGGUGCCCUGGCUUUCUCCUGCCACUGUCAGGAGGCUGAGGGGGUGUUGCCAGACGUCUGUGCCAAGAAGCUGCAGAGAUACCGCAGGUACCCUGGUACUCCCUUGCCUCUGAUCUGACAUUCCUGAAGCUCCUGAAUUCUUCCGUGACUCAUGCCUUAUCCUGCUGUGGUUUAAAGGGGUCUCCCGUGGCCCUGGGGACUCUGAUUACUGCCACUUGUUUAAUGGUGACUUUUGCUAUGAAGAAGAGUGUUCCUUCCUUUCUUGUUUAUGUUCGUCUGAACUCUUGGAUUCUUGGUUGUUACCUGGGUUAUGACCCUUUAUUGUUAUGAUCAUUUUGGUGCCCAGGCGCCCCAGAUAUGACCCAUAAGAACUCUUGUUCUGUUCCACUGUCAUGUCCCCAGAACUUAAGGCCAUUCCUCACGCUGACUCAGUACAGUGUUCCAGUCCUGGGAUUGUUUUGAGUCCUGGGAGGCCUCAAAGUGAUUUUUAUGUGUAUGUAUGCGGAUGAGUGAGUGUGGGUGUACUUCAUGCAUGUGUGUGGGAAAACAUUAGAGGUUGACAUCUGGUGUCUUCCUCUAUCGCUCUCCAUUUUAUUUUUUUGAAACAAAGUCUCUCACUUAACCUGAAGCUCUUUAGACUACACUAGCUAACAGUGGAGCCCCAGGGACCCUCUUCUGCCUUUCUAGUGCCAGGAUCACGGUUGUUCACCACCACACCCAACUUUUACAUGAUGCUAGAUAUCUGAGUUCAGGUCACCCAUCACAGUUACAUGCCUCCUGAGCCAUGUCCCCUGUCCUUUGGAGGAAGGCUUUUAGAAGCAUGCACAGGGUGCUGUGUGCUGGGGCUCAACUACAGAAGUAGUAGAAUGAAGCUCUUUCCUGGGCUCUUGUAUGUGAAACCCUUAUGCUUGCACCCACACCCUCAGUUCCCCCCAGCAUUGCAGUGGCCUUGGGCUGCAGGGAAUAUUUGAUAUUCCUUUGACAGCAAAGUGCUUAGCACUCAGAAUUCAAAAAAAUAUAUUUAUUCAUUUGUUCAACUUUAGGAUACUAAUACAACAACAACAAAAUUGUGUCUCUGUGAAAAAGAAACCCAGUGACCAGAACUUAGCAUGCAUCGAAGGCGUAGACCAAACCGUGUGUCUCAUGUGCUUCAGAGAGUUCCCACUUUUGUGUGAAACGUGGCUUGAUCCGCCUGUAUAUAUAAGUUUUUAUUUCAGCUUCUCUCUUUCUAUCUGUUCUCACUUGUCGCUCUUCCCCUGUGUAUAUGGAGCUAAGUAUGUUCUGUGUGGCAGUUAGAUUUGGAGACACUCUCCUGUUUUCACCACUUCCCUGCAGUUGCUUUGUGGGAUGGGGCAGGGCACACCCUGCCCCUGGCCUCUGCCUUGUGCAAGAGUACGCACAGGCAUCUUCACUAACCCCUGACUUCUGCUGGGUCCUGGAUGCCUCCUUCUUUGAAGCUCUUCUCGGUUGAAUCUAUGAACCAGGCACCCUUUGAAGGGGAUAUGGAAGUGUGCUGCCCAGGAGCUUCGCUCAGGGAGCAGGCAUACAUGUGACAUUAUAGCUUGUGUUAUCUGAGUUACUGUAGGGAAGUGAGUUCUGGGUCUGGCAUGGUAGGCGGCUCUGACAUGCUGUGCCAGCAGCGUGUCUCUUCUCCGUCUGGAUAUAUCAAGAAUGUCUUUGCCUUCCCAAAGGCUGUUUGACCGUUGGGGUGUUGGACUUGGUUCCCACGCUUUUCCAGAGUUCUUCAUAUGAGAAACUAUGACUGCUAGCUACUUAUUUCUGCCACAUGGAUUUCCUCUUUACCUGUAACUUUUGACGUUCUCCUGUGCUCCUUUGCCACAUAAGUCUCCCCGGAGUGACACUCACUGUGCUCUUUUUUUCACCUGUCCUGGGAUCCCCAGUGGGAAGCCAGUCUCCGUACAGCCAGCAGGACUCCUGCUUUUCCCUUCUGGUGUGUGGUGUGUAUCACCCUGGCUGUUGAGAGGUUCCCCUUGGGUGUGGUGGUGUUUUGGUCUGAUUUAUCUUCAGUUGUCCCAGUGCUGCUGUUUAUUUGCAGGUCCCUGCUGUAUCAGUGACUGAAAUGCCACCUUUACCCUGUGCUGGACUCCACUCAUUGUGCGAGCACCAUGCUGCCUCCAGUGUAGCUCUGUUUUUUGGGCCUCUCAGCUCUCUCAACACUUAACGUUCUUGAAGUGUACAUUUCUGUCCUGAAUCUUUCUUCUUCCUAGAAUGCUAGUGCUAUCGUAUAUCUUUCUCUGCUUCUCUCCUAUCCCUGCCCCCACCCACUUCCACCAUACCUUUUGGAAGAUUUAUUUUAUUUUUAAUUAGGUGUAUAUGUUUGUGUGUGGGUAUGUGCAUCUUUGAGUGCUGGUGCUCAUGAAGUCCAGAAGUGAGCAUUGGUUCCCCUGAAACUGGUGUUACAGGUAGUUAUGAGACACCUGAUGUGGUGCUGAGAACCAAAGUCCAGUUUUCUACAAGUUCUUUCUGUAGGGCUUUUUACUGUUUAACAGUUCUCUCUUCAGCUCUAUCUAUCUUAUUAUUUAUAGCUCAUUCAUUUAGUAUAAAACUUAAGGGAUUACAUUUGUCUUAUUUUGCUUAUUUUUUUUUUUUUUUCCUCAAGACAGAGGUUUUCUAUGUAGCUUUGACUGUCCUGGACUCUCUUUGUAGACCAGGCUGGCCUUGAAUUCACAGCGAUCUACUUGCAUCUGCCUCCCUGAGUGCUGGGAUUAAAGGAGUGCACCACCACUCAGCAUAUAGGUCUCAUUUUUAACUGACUAACAAAUACUGAUAUUAGUAGUGGAUAUAUAAAGAUAAUGAUUAGCACAUGUAAUCUCAUUUACUUCUUAAUAUUCCUCCAGGAAAGGUGAGGCUGUCCCAUCUUUUGGCAGAUGGGAAAUGGAGGCAUAGGGAGUUUAGGAGCUCUCCAGGGUCUGUUAAGUAGCCUCAGUGUAUAUGAGCCAGGGAUGUCUGUCAGCUCUCACCAGCUGUUCAGAUCCUUCCCCAAGCCACUGCAAGUUAAUCUGUGGUUCUGAGUCGUCAAGGGCACCUCCUCUCUGGAUCUGCUCCUUUCUAGCCAGUGGCAGGCCUAUAUUUGGCCCUGUCCCCAGAUUUGCCUUGCUUUGAACGCUGUCUUCUGUAGCAUUCUUAAUGGCCCACCUAAAACAGCUUUGCAUGCAAUGUGAUCAAAAGCGGCCUCUGCCAUGCUGCCAGGAAUGAGUCCCCUUUCAGGCUCUGCUUUGGUUGCUGUCCUCAGCUGACUGUCUUGUGGAACAUUUAGCUUUUGCUAGAAGCUAUAAUAUGGCUGAGCAGAGAGCUGAAAUAGUCUGGGGGUUCAGAGUGGCUGAAGAUCGGCCUAGCCAUGCUGUUAAUGUUGUGGGAACCAAGUGAUCCUUUGGUGUCGCUGCCCCAUUGGAAGUUUGUGGGUACAGUCCCUACAACUGGAGCUUCAAGCUUGGGUUUGGCUCCUCAGAGAAAAGCUGUUCUUGGGUUGUGAGCAUCUUUCAGUUCCUUGCCCCAGCCUGUAAGCUCUGAGACAAUAAGCUCACUUCCUGGUUACCCCAGGGAUAUCCGGUCUAGUUCUUUUGUCAAGGACUUUUGUAGUUCUUCAGGUAGAGCAAAUUUAAAGUAUGAAUGAAUCCAAGUAGAAGCCAGCUUGGUAAAGAGAGACAGGGACAGAGAACAGCUUCCUUAUCCAGUUAUCAAACCUUUUGCAGGUUCCCCCAAGGCACUUGGGCAGAGAUGAAAGAAGGAAGUGCCUCAGCCUUCCUUUGGGGUAGUCUUGUAUGCAAGCUGCACCAGGCCAUUGCCUCCAGCUUCUUUUUCCCAAACCUCCCUACAGCAAAGCACAGUGGUGGCCUGCCUAUAGGCUAAAAGCAAGGCUUGCAAGUGGAGCCUUCUCCUCUAGUUGAGGAAGCCAAGAGGGAGGAAGAUCUGACUGGGUCACCAGGCUCCUGAGCCUGGGACCUCUGUUGUAGACUCUGUGGAAGCCUCUGCUUUGCAGAUUGUAUCCAUCCAUGGGUAGAGUGCUGGCCACCCUCCCCUUUUCUGUUCAUGCUCUGGUGAGUGCUGUGGAGUUUUGGGGAGAACAGACACCAACUUCACCCUUUGGACACCACCCGUUUCUAAUUCAGUGUCUGUUUUCAUAAAGACUGGCGUGAAAGUUUUCAUUAAUUGGGCAUACAAAAAGAAGAGUGGUUUGUCUUUCCUCUGCAGUGUAGAAUGGAUGAUGAGCAAGAGCAAAGUCCAACAGUAUAUGCGUAUGAAAGUGCCAUGGUAGAACUCUCACCCUCGCUAUAUACCCCACAAAUAGCAAGCAGGCCUGUGUUUAGAGAGUGGAUUAAUGGGAAGGUUUUUCUUGAACUUUACUGACUGGCUUGGCUCAUGUUCUAUCAGAUGGUUAAGGGAGGAAAGAACACCUGAAAGUGUGCCUGCAUGUCUGCAUAGGUGGAAUUUUUGGGUGCCAUGGUGGGGACUCACCCUGGUAGGCCUGCUCUGGGAAUGUGGGUUGCAUUGUCACCUCAGCUAUGUGUGGUGGGGACAUCAGUGCCUCUUACUGUGGAGAUGGCCUCCCUCCUGUCUGGCCCUCAUGGUCUGGGGCCAUGGUAUUGAAACCCUGGCAGUGGCACUUAAAAAAAAUAGCCCCUCUAAGAAGAGAGUACUGACUUUGCUCUGUGAUGCUGCUGGCCCUAGGAUCCAUUCCUUGCUCAGGUGGUGCUGCAGAUCUGCCCCUUAUGUGGGCAUGGGACAUAUGGCCACUUUCAAUGGUGAUGCUGUCACCUGACACUGAGACUCAUGAGCUGCAGACUCAAGUUAAAGGGUGAUUUUUUUUUUCUUUAAUUUCUUUAGCUUUCUCACAGCAGCCUAAUGCCUGAGUGGACCCCAGAACUCCAGCUCCGAGGAACAGCCCUCUGUUCUCUGGGGGCUAAACUAGGGGCCUAAGAAUCCAAUUUGGGAUGCAAGGAAGAAGGAAUAAGAGGCAAGAGACAGGCUGUGGAGUGGUUCCCACUCCACUGUUGAGGCAUUCUCUCGAUGCCAAUGCUCUUGAUCAUGACUCUAAUGUUCAAGCAGGUUUCUGGGCACAGGGUCUGGUAGACCUUCCAGGGCUGCCCUACCUUUUUAAAGGAUUAGAAAAGCUGCAAUAUACCACUACCUUUCAGUGGGUAGGCUUCACUUUACUUAUCUUUGAUGGCUUUCUCUUUUUGAGAUGCCUCAAAAAGAGUUGAGUUGAUGGCUUUAUGGGAGCAAGGCCAGCAUCAGCAGGCACAUGGCAAUAAAGGUAAGGCGAAGUGUAGAUAGUGGAAAGAUGACUGCCUGAAUUAGAAUAUUGAUCCUCAGCUGUCAGCUGAACACGUAGAAGGCAUCUCUCAGCAGAUAUUUGUUGGAAGGACUAUCUUGGUUAAUGGUGUAGCCUGUGUUAGUUAACUGAAGGUUUGUUGUCUGAAAGUCUUCUGGCCAUUGUAUGGAUGUGACUAGUUUGAAAUGCAGGCAGCAAUAAUUCAGGGAUCAUGGGCUAGGUUUAGUCUACCAUGUCUAUGUGUUCUAGAGGUUAAGUUAGGCCUUUUUCUGCCUUCUCUACUCUCUAGUAUUUCCUGUUCUUUUGUCUCUGCUGCAAGGAACUCAUAAGGUGACAGUGUAGCUGUCCACAAGGACCCCAGUUGGGAAGUUAAAAUGUAGUUAAAGAGUCAUCUUGGGCUUCUGAGCUGCCUGCCCUCAGAGUGCUGCUCUUGUGCUUGUGUACAUGUGUCUGUGCAUUUCAGGCUUGCUUAGCCGGCAGUGUUUAGUCUCUUCAUUACUGUUUUCGCAAUUAGAGUGGGACAGCACACACCAGGCAUCUGCCAGUAGUGACCUUGGUCACUACAUCCUGUCUGUAGUGCUCCAGCAGGUCCUGCCCCUCAGCAGGACCUCCCCUGAGUCAUGCCUCCUGUCCCCCAGCAGGCAUUGCACUCACUGUCCCUUCCAUGUAGCCUGUGAAGCAGAUUUCUCAACAAGUUUGCUGAGCUGUAGACACACCUUGAGUUUGAGCGCUGUUCUUCAUGAGCCCUGCUAGCCUAAGCACACGGUGUUUCCCAGUCCCACCUGGCUGGGUGGACCACACACAGAUUGCUGGCACAGCCUGGCUCAGUCUGUACUGAAAUGCCUUUUGAUGACUGGGGAGAUAGUUCAGUUUGGGACUUGCUACAGAAGCAAGAGGAUUUGAGUUUGAGCCCCAACACCAAUGUGAAAAUCUGGUGGCACAUAUUUGUAAUCGUUAGUGAGGUGGAGGCAGGCAGAUUCCUGGGGCUCACUAGCCAGUCAGUCUAGCUGAGUUGGUGAGCCUGAGGUCAGUGAGAUACCCUAUUUUGAAUAAGCAAAGUGAAGAACUCUGGAGGAAUGACACUCAAAGCCGACUUUUGGCCUUGCACAUCUACCAAGUUGUUUCUUUGUCCUCUGGUCAGAGCUGGAGGUAUUAUCUCACCGUCAGGUCACACAUGGCUGUAGUCCUAUCUCACCUACUCUGAAGGACCCUAGAGAAACUUGUGUUCUCAUUCCUGACACUGAGCCUAAAAACCUCCUUCAGCUACCUUCCCUCCCUGACCCAUGAGAGAUGAUAGGGAGCAGAGCCUGGGACCCUUGCCUGCUAUGGUGGUGCGAUGGCAUCCUCUCUUGCCUCAAGUGUUCUGUUGACGAACUCCAAAGCCUCUACAAAUAAGCUAAGGAGGGCUGUGCCAGUGGGUGCAGGGCAGACAAGGUACGGAGAACCUCAGGAUGCUUGCCAGCAGGACCGUGUUCUUGGGUAGAGACCGACUUAUGUAGAAGUUUCUCUUUUGGGUCCCAUCAGAUGGAGCAGGCAGGUGUUUCAGGACUUUCUAUCCCUGAUUCCACUGUUGCCCUCGGUGUUAACACUUUCCUGUAAGCCUCUAAAGCAGAUGUCAUUUUCCAGAUGCAAAAAAACUAAAUGUAGGCCAGAGGUUCCGCAGUUGGUUGAUUUAAGGGCUGGUUUGAGGCGCUUGCUUUUCUGGCCCCAAAGACAAUGUGCUUCCCUGGGCUUUGAGCAGCCCACUGUCCAGCUUGCUUGAGUGAAUGCUGGUGGCCUGAGGAUAGAUAAACAGUGUCCGGGCCAUCCUCUGUGAGUCUUGGGCUGAAGCUUUUGUGGCACUCCUCAUAUCAUCUGCUUGUUAUGUAAUGUGACAACAUGGAUAUGAAAUAGAAACCAGAUGUCAGGGCCGAGCAGUGGGAUUCUUCCCAGGGAGCCCAGCAGAGCGGUACUGGAGUUUUCGCCUCACGGUGUUAACUGCCUCUGGACAAACAGCUUUGGAGGGGCUUCUGCGAUUGAACAGAGGUCUUAACUGAAGAUGGACUUUCUGGCCGAGACCAGCCAGUGGAGCUGCUGAACCCUGCCCGUGUGAACCACAUGCCCAGCACCGUGGAUGUGACUGCAGCGCUGCCUCUGCAAGUGGCCCCUGCAGCGGUGCCCAUGGAUCUGCGCCUGGACCACCAGUUCUCGCUGCCUUUGGAACCCGCACUUGGGGAGCAGCAGCUGCGGCAGGAACUUCUGGCACUGAAACAGAAGCAGCAGAUCCAGCGGCAGAUCCUCAUCGCAGAGUUCCAGCGGCAGCACGAGCAGCUGUCCCGGCAGCAUGAGGCGCAGCUGCACGAGCAUAUCAAGCAGCAGCAGGAGAUGCUGGCCAUGAAGCACCAGCAGGAGCUGCUGGAGCACCAGCGGAAACUGGAGCGGCACCGGCAGGAGCAAGAGCUGGAGAAGCAGCACCGUGAGCAGAAGCUGCAGCAGCUCAAGAACAAGGAGAAGGGCAAAGAGAGUGCUGUGGCAAGCACAGAGGUGAAGAUGAAGCUUCAGGAAUUUGUUCUCAACAAGAAGAAGGCUCUAGCCCACCGGAACCUGAACCACUGCAUUUCCAGUGAUCCCCGCUACUGGUAUGGGAAGACACAGCACAGCUCCCUUGACCAGAGCUCUCCGCCCCAGAGUGGGGUGUCAGCCCCCUACAACCACCCAGUCUUGGGAAUGUAUGACGCCAAAGAUGACUUCCCUCUUAGGAAAACAGCUUCUGAACCUAACCUGAAAUUACGGUCAAGGCUUAAGCAGAAAGUAGCUGAGAGACGGAGCAGCCCCCUGUUGCGCAGGAAAGAUGGCCCUGUGGCCACUGCUCUAAAAAAGCGACCCCUGGAUGUCACAGACUCUGCGUGCAGCAGCGCCCCUGGCUCCGGUCCCAGCUCUCCGAAUAGCAGCUCUGGCAAUGUCAGCACUGAGAAUGGCAUCACACCCACCGUUCCCAGCGCCCCAGCUGAGACGAGCUUGGCACACAGACUUGUGACGAGAGAAGGCUCAGUCGCCCCACUCCCCCUCUACACAUCACCGUCCUUACCCAACAUCACCUUGGGACUUCCUGCCACUGGCCCUGCUGCUGGCACAGCAGGCCAGCAGGAUGCUGAGAGGCUUGCCCUCCCGGCCCUCCAGCAGCGACUCUCCCUGUUUCCCGGCACCCACCUCACCCCAUACCUGAGCACCUCGCCCCUGGAGCGGGAUGGUGGAGCGGCUCACAACCCCCUCCUGCAGCAUAUGGUCCUUCUGGAGCAGCCACCUACCCAGACGCCCCUCGUCACAGACUGGUAUCUUUCAGGCCUGGGGGCGCUGCCCCUCCACACACAGUCCCUGGUUGGUGCGGACAGGGUGUCCCCAUCCAUUCACAAGCUGCGGCAUCACCGCCCACUGGGGCGCACGCAGUCUGCACCCCUGCCGCAGAACGCACAGGCCCUGCAGCACCUAGUGAUCCAGCAGCAGCACCAGCAGUUCCUGGAGAAGCACAAGCAACAGUUCCAGCAGCAGCAGCUGCACCUCAGCAAGAUGAUCUCUAAACCCAGUGAGCCACCUCGGCAGCCUGAGAGCCACCCUGAGGAGACGGAGGAGGAGCUCCGUGAGCACCAGGCCUUGCUGGAUGAGCCCUACCUAGACCGGCUCCCUGGGCAGAAGGAGCCUUCCCUAGCUGGUGUGCAGGUCAAACAGGAGCCCAUCGAGAGUGAGGAGGAGGAGGUGGAGCCCACUCGAGAGGCGGAACCCAGCCAGCGCCCAGCCACUGAGCAGGAGCUGCUCUUCAGACAGCAAGCUCUCCUGCUAGAGCAGCAGAGGAUCCACCAGCUAAGGAACUACCAGGCAUCUAUGGAGGCUGCCGGCAUCCCUGUAUCGUUUGGCAGCCACAGACCUCUGUCUCGGGCACAGUCCUCCCCGGCAUCUGCCACCUUCCCCAUGUCAGUCCAGGAACCCCCCACCAAACCAAGGUUCACCACAGGCCUUGUGUAUGACACGCUGAUGUUGAAGCAUCAGUGCACCUGUGGGAAUACCAACAGCCACCCGGAGCAUGCUGGGAGGAUCCAGAGCAUCUGGUCCCGCCUGCAGGAGACUGGCCUCCGUGGCAAGUGUGAGUGCAUCCGCGGACGCAAGGCCACAUUGGAAGAGCUGCAGACAGUGCACUCAGAGGCCCACACACUCCUCUACGGCACAAACCCUCUCAACAGACAGAAACUGGACAGUAAGAAACUUCUAGGCUCGCUGACCUCCGUGUUUGUCAGGCUUCCUUGUGGUGGUGUUGGGGUGGAUAGUGACACCAUAUGGAAUGAGGUACACUCGUCUGGGGCAGCCCGCCUGGCGGUAGGCUGCGUGGUGGAGCUGGUCUUCAAGGUGGCCACAGGAGAGCUAAAGAAUGGCUUUGCUGUGGUCCGUCCCCCAGGACACCAUGCUGAGGAGAGCACACCCAUGGGGUUCUGCUACUUUAACUCCGUGGCCAUUGCAGCCAAACUUCUCCAGCAGAGGCUGAAUGUGAGCAAGAUUCUCAUUGUGGACUGGGAUGUGCACCACGGCAAUGGGACCCAACAGGCCUUCUACAAUGACCCCAAUGUUCUCUACAUGUCCCUACACCGCUAUGACGAUGGGAACUUCUUUCCAGGAAGUGGAGCACCAGAUGAGGUGGGCACAGGGCCAGGCGUGGGUUUCAAUGUCAACAUGGCUUUCACGGGUGGCCUCGACCCCCCCAUGGGAGAUGCAGAGUACCUGGCGGCCUUCAGAACGGUGGUCAUGCCAAUCGCAAAUGAGUUUGCCCCAGAUAUGGUACUGGUGUCAUCAGGCUUCGAUGCUGUGGAGGGCCACCCCACACCUCUUGGAGGGUACAAUCUCUCUGCCAAAUGUUUCGGGUACUUGACAAAGCAGCUGAUGGGCUUAGCUGGUGGCCGAAUUGUGCUGGCCCUCGAGGGAGGCCAUGACCUGACAGCCAUCUGCGAUGCUUCCGAAGCCUGUGUUUCUGCUCUGCUGGGAAAUGAGCUUGAGCCUCUGCCAGAAAAGGUUCUGCAGCAGAGACCCAAUGUCAAUGCUGUCCACUCCAUGGAGAAAGUUAUGGACAUCCACAGCAAGUACUGGCGCUGCCUGCAGCGUCUGUCCUCCACGGUGGGGCACUCUCUGAUUGAGGCACAGAAGUGUGAGAAUGAAGAGGCUGAGACGGUCACCGCCAUGGCCUCGCUGUCUGUAGGUGUAAAACCUGCUGAGAAGAGGUCUGAUGAGGAGCCCAUGGAGGAGGAACCACCACUGUAGCCCCAAAGCUGCUGUCCUCUCCUUUGUUUGUCUGUCUUGAAGCUCAGCCAAGAAACUUUCCCGUGUCACUCCUGCGUCCUGCCUUGGUGCUCUCUCUGAGUGCAAAGGGACGGCAGGCGUGCAGCAGCAACGGGAGGCCUUUCUGACGCCAUGGACCCACAGGUCUGGAGACGCACACGAACACCAGGUGUGGUAGAUCACAUGGAACAUAGGACAGCGUGCAACACACGAAUGCAGAGCCAUGCGGAAGCCAAGCACACACGCUGGUGGGUUCCCCCGGGGAAGCCUCGAAGGAAGAAGCCUGUGGCAACUUGGGCAGAGUUGCUGAAUCGAGUUGACAUGAGGAAAAUGAAAAUCAAAGAUCUAAUAAUACAGAACAAACUUGAUUGAAACUGGUGCUUAACAUUCGAUUCUUACCCACAGUCCCACAGUCUUCGUGUAAGCCACUCAACUCAUCUUGUAGCUUUUUUUAAACAGAGUUUUCUAUGGCUCUGGCCUGCCUUGUGAACCUUAGUGGGGUGCUGUGGGCAUUCACAGCUUAGUGAGGGGCAGAGUUGGAAGAAACUUUAAAGAAAAAAACUGGACAGAACAGAAAUGUGAGCCUGGGAGUCAGCUGGAGCUUCUCCAAGCCAUCGGAAGAUGCGAGUUUGUGCCUUUUUUUAUUGCUCUGAUGGAUUUUUCUCUGGCUGGGUUUUCUGAAGUCUGAGGAACAAUGCCUUAAGAAAAAAAAAAAUGCCACCAAGAAUUGGUGUGACAGUGUCCUGUGGCUGGCUGAGCCUGGUGAUGCUGGCCUGGCAUUACAAGAGUAGGCACCAGCCACUGUCCCCGAGGGCCGCAGUGCAGCCAGCCUUGCGUGGUUUGAUCGCUGUUUAAGGAAGAUGAGGUAGUUCCAAAAGCAGCGAACACCGCCGGCAGUUUUGAAGUCCAACACGUUUUAAACCGGAUCCAAAGUGUUCUUUCCUCAUCCGUCACGUGCUGUUGAGCAUCUCCAUUCGGUUGUGAAGCAUGUCGUAGGCGCACUGCAGUGUUACGAUCGGAAUGCUUUUCAUUAAAAGCAGGUAGCAUGAAGUAUUGCUUAAAUUUUAGGUCUAAAUAAAUAUAUAUAUGUAUAAUAUAUAUUCCACUGUAUUCCAAGCUAAGAAACUUGAUUCUUAUGAGAUCUUGAUAAAAUAUUUAUAAUGCAUUUAUAGACAAAGUAUAUAUGAAUAUAUAUAAUAAAUCCAGACCACAGAGGUCCUGGCAGGUGAAAGACAUGUGUGUUAGCUCUGAGGUGCUGAGGGCUGGGGUCUGGAUUGAGGCCCAAGGAUUUUUGAGCUCCAGAUUGGCCAGCUUCCAGAUGACCAACACGUUCACCCCUGGGCAGCGUCCCCACCAGUUUGUACUUUAAUUUUAAUUAUUUUCUAACAAGACCUCUGCCCUCUCCAAGCCCUCAUGCACAUAUGUACCUGAUGAGUUUUUAUAGCAAAGAAUAUAAACUUGCUGUUGAUUUUUUUGUAUGAAUUUUUCACAAAAAGAUCCUGAAGAAAACAUUGUUUUGUGGAUUUUACAUUUUUUUUCAGCAUUCAGGAGUUUUCUGAAGGUGGUAUGUCUAAAACUUUUCUUUCUAAAUUCUUACUUGUAUAUUUUUUUUAGCUCUGAAGAUUUUUUUUUUUUUAUGGUUUGGUUUUGUUUCUUUUGUACAGCAAGCAGAGCUCGGCUGUGCGCAGGCCGGCUGCUGCUCUGCUUGGUUUUCAGAGCGAACCUCUCGGGAAUGGGCAAUAGGUCUGCGUGGUGCCCAUGCCUUGGCCUUUGGGGCUCCACCUGUACAGCAGGGGCUCUGUCCUGCAACACUAGUAGUAUUACAAGGCCAGGCCGGCCACGUGAGAUGGGAGGGCAGUCGGCAUUAAUGAGUGUGGGCUUAUAACCACUCCAUCAGGAUAGAACUCCAGCUCUAGUUUCCCAAAGACCUUUGAUACAUGUCCACAAGCGAGCCCGGCCCUGCACCUGUUCAGGGGUUUCCACUGCAGCCUCAGAGCCUGGACUGUGUCUGGAGCCACAGCCCUGCGUUUGUAGCCUGUGGCUGCCAAACCAAGGCCCUUGUCACUUGAGCCUGCAGAAGAACACAGGGUCCUGAGGGGCAGUCUUCUUUCCUGGUUUGUUUGGUUUUUUUUUGUUUGUUUUGUUUUUUUUUUUUUUUUUUCCUAUGACAACUGACUUUUUACUGCUAACUUCUUUUCUAGCACUUAAAGCCGCCAAUUUCAUUCCAAAGUGUGUGGAGUUCAGACCAGCAAGAGGACGUUGAGAGACUCAGAAGGGACAUCUAGCUUAGUUUCUGAGUUUGGUGGUGUUUACAGGGUAGAUGGGAACUGGGUCAGGCUUUUGACAGACAGGCUGAGCACACAUUCUUGGACUUUUUUGAUCACUGGGCUCCUAUGAGUCAGCGCUAAGCUAAGACCGUGGGUAAAGGACAGGGUAGAGAGGUCUUAGGACAUUCCUGGCUCCUCCUUCCCUGUGGCUACUCUGACCCUUGGCAGAAAGAUCAGACCUGAGGUAGCCUAUGCAGCCCCUCCCUUGCUUGUACCACUGCAUGGUGACAGAGGCCAGCUAGCUGCUCUUCUGGCUACCUUGGCCCAUUUUCUGCACACCCUGCCACCUGUCCUCUUUGUUCCACGACUCGUGGGGAGGUACACUUCAUCUUACUUUUUCAGGUGAUGGGUAACAGGCUACUCGGUGGCCAGGGUAUUGUAAGAGGGACUCACUUUGGUCCCAUUCAGUCACCUUUUGAUGCAGGGGCCUGGCCAGGGAGCCAGGUCACUCCAGCUUCCCUGUGAGCUGAAAGCAUUACCUACCAUAUAGCCUUUUCUUCCCUUUGAAAACAUGUGGCCCUUCUUCACAGUCAUCCACCCAGGGCAGAGGGCAGAAGGUCGGCCUUGACCUCUAGGGCUGGACCACAGCACUCCCUUGUCUGGACCUUGAACCUUCCACCUUCUCCCCUCCUUAGCAAAGGCCUUGGUGGGUGCUGGGAAGGAAGCCGGGAGCAAGCACUUUACAUCCCUCUACGGGAAGCCCGAAGGCACCGUGUCCUUAGGAUGCUGGUGUUCGCUUACCCUUGGGUCUUCCAGCUGCACCCUGAGAGCCCAUGCCCCACCAGCAGGCACUGUUCCCAAGGCCACACCCACUGGGACAUCCAGGGCUCUGGCUUCUGAGGGCCAGUUUAUCAAAGUGUUUCAGUUUUCCUUUGCUUUCAGAUCUGUCCCCAAGAAGAAGGACCAUUUUGUGAUGGUCUCCGUAGCACUGGUGAUGGACUUGGUCGUGUUUCUUUCUGUCAGAACAUUCCUUCUUCACUGGUCACAGCCACGUGCUCAUUCCAUCCUUCUUUUUGUAGACUUUGGGCCCAUGUAUUUUAUGGGCAUUGAUACAUAUAUAAAUAUAUAGAUAUAAAUAUAUGAAUAUAUUUUUUUAAGUUUCCUACACCUGGAGGUUGCAUGGACGUAAGCCGGCAUGUCUUUAUAUUGUAUACAGAUUUUGCACGCCAAACUCGGCAGCUUUGGGGAAGGAGAAACAAUGCCUUUCUUUCCCCUCUCAUGAUGUUUGCAGAUGCAGAAAUUUUUUUUCUGUAAAACAAAACAAAACCUUGAAGGAGAGGAGGAGGGAGUUUGAGUCUUAUUGAACUUAUUCUUAAGAAAUUGUACUUUUUAUUGUAAGAAAAAUAAAAGGACUACUUACACACUUGUCGUUAAGAGAAGUUUACCUAGCACCUUUGACAUCCCGAUAGUCGACUGUGUCUGUGUGCAGGCUCCACAUUCAGGCCCUACUGCCUGUCUCUCAAGCUGCUUGGGAGGAUUUCGUUUUGUUUUGUUUUGUUUGUUCCUUUUUUUCUCCCUGCACAGGGCCAGGUGCACCCUGCCUGCUGUCACCGGCCUCUGGUUGAGAACGUGGGGUUCCCGUGAGUCCCCGUCUCAGCACAACUCUGGAAGUCAUGGGGCUGGGCUUCCACCUUGAGCAGUCCAGGCCUCUGUGAGCCCUGAGUCUAAGCAACACUCGGCACUGGAGGAAACAUUUUUCCUUCUUGAGGAUCCGGGCGCGCUCUGCGCCCAUCCUUGACGGUCUCCCUGGCCUCACAUUGAUCAACGUCUCCUAUGGAAAGAAAAGAAUGCAGACAGGCCUUGUCCUGGGGGUGUGCACUCCGCUGAGGAGGCACCACUUCCCAAUGUGUAAGAAUGUUAAACAUGCUGUUUCCAUGUAUGCACAGGAGGCUGACCUCAUUCAGCACGAGCUCACUACAGAGGUGUGGUCGAAGCCAUUGGAGCGCCGCAAAGUGACGCUGUGUGGGCUCCGCAGCCACGGCCGUCUUCACUCUGUAACAGCCUGUUUUCUCUUUGAUUGUCUGGACCUCCCCUCGGCGGCGCUUUCUCCUCUUGGCGGGGUUGGAGGUCAUGUUGGUUUUCUCAUUCUUGUUUCAUUUUGUGUGGUGGGUUUCACUGACCAGCGGUGUCCUCUGACGGUCACCUCUUUCCACCUCCCAGGUCCAGUGUUUGUACCACAUCACACAUGUGUCACUCUUGGUGUAAAUAAAGACUGCGUUAAUUGCCCUCCCA